AUGGAGGAGGCACAGCCGUUGACGACGUUGAACUCGGCAGGCAGAGACGAGUCACCUGCGGCGGCCACGUCCAAGGUUCCUGUCUCGGCGUUGGCCCAGUCCACGAGACCAGUAGACUCGUUGACCUCCAACAACCAGAUCCACGCUGAUGUUGUUGAAGUAGGUAGGAAUGAUGUAAUCCAGUCCAACGGCCACACAGGCGGCAGGAGUACCGUUGUAAUACCACACGUUCAGGUCGUCUUCCUCGUGUCCCCACGAUGGAGAGCCUGCUGGAGGGUAGCUGAACAAAGUGUCGUAUUGGAGGGUGUUGGAGGAGUCGAGCUGGAACUUUCCUCCGUAACCAGAUCUCUGUUCUGCUGGGGCCACCAUGAUCACAUCAUGGCCCGCGGCCUUGAGGUCUCUGUACAGAGCUCUGAUGUUGGUGGCUGCCCAUCCAUCGUCGUUGGUGAGCAGAAUGUUUUUGGCGGAGGCAGCAACAAUAGUGGUUGCAAGAGCGAAAAGAGCCUUGGAUUGCAUUGGAUACUAUACUGGCUAAGUGUAUGCGGAAGUGUGUGGGUUAUAAAGGAUUUCGGGACGAGGAAUUGGCCAUAUGGGCUGCGAGAAUAA